AUGUCAACGAGCGGCGAAGACGCAAUGAAGAGUGACCUACCGGAAGAAGUGCACGGUUAUCUUAAAGAACUUGUUCAGCGCCUCACCGACUAUCUGAAAGAACAACUUGUCGGCGUGUACCUUUUUGGCUCGGCAAGCUACGACGCCUAUGAGCCGGGUCUUAGCGACCUAGAUGUACAGGCAGUCGUCAAAGGUCCGCUCGAAACAAGUGGAAAAAAGGCCAUCAUCUCUCGUUUGACCCAGGAUAGUUUGCCGUGUCCCGCGACUAAACUCGAGUUCGUCGUGUAUGCUCAAGGCUCCGUCAAUCCAGCCAGCCGUCACCCAGCCUUCGAACUCAAUCUGAACACCGGGCCUCACCAAUCCGAUCAUGUCAGCCUCGACCCCGCGAAUGAGUCAAGCCACUGGUUCCUGCUCGACAUUGCCAUGGGACGCCAACUUGGCCGCUGCUCGUAUGGUGCUGAUCUCGCUGAGGUCUUUGGGGCCAUUCCUCGUCGCUGGGUUCUCGAAGGGAUGGCAGACUCCCUCGCAUGGCACCAAGCGAAUGAGGCAAGUUCAACAAAUAGUGUGCUUAAUGCCUGCCGAAGCUGGCGAUACAUUGCCACAGGAGAAUAUUGUUCAAAGUUGGAGGGGGCCAACUGGGCAAUGGAGCAAGACAAUUGUCCCGCCAUUGUCCGACGCGCCGUUGAGGCUCGCAAAACAGGGGAUGAGCUUGAUGCUGGCCAGGUGAUGGAACUCUAUGACAUAGUCGUCAAGGACAAUUGUGACAAGCUCGAGAUCGAGGUUAAUUGA